UACCAAACAGAAACCCCAGCUCCUGACACUAUGAGAUCCUACUACGGCAAUGACUAUGGUGGCCUGGGCUAUAGAUGUGGAGGCCUGGGUUAUGGCUAUGGCCUAGGCUGUGGCUGUGGUUGUGGUGGCUUUAGGGGCCUAGGGUGUGGCUGGGGAGGCCACAGAUAUGGCUGGUGCCGCCCAUCGUGCUAUGGAGGAUAUGGAUUCUCCAGCUUUUAUUGAAAAGGAAAAAGACUGGUGUUUUGGGACUUUAGAACCCUACAAUCACCCUACUGCUAAUUCUUUCACGUCUUUGUAUUUCCGUCGGAUUCCAGAUGCUGCUCUGGCCAUCUGGCCACAUGUACGGUGAAGACGAUCAAAACUCACACUGAAACCCUGAAAUUAAUCAACAACAGUCUUCAUUCCAUGAAUUGACUGGGAAUUUUACAGAUUGGGUUGCUGUGGCAUCUCUGUGUUCAAUUUUCAAUAAAGCUAUUUCUUUGGAU